AUGGAUGGGUCCGGCGGCUCGUCCUCCGCACCGGGGUCGACUCCAACGGCUACGGCGACGACGCCCAGCGCCGGUGCGACCCUCAGUGUCGCAGUGCCUCAAGGGUCGAUCUCGGCCUCUUCGGCGGCUUCCCCGUCGACGAUCACGCCCGCCGCGGCGACGGCGGGCCGGGGUGUGGGCACACCGGGCGCUGCGAUUGCCGCCGCCGGGGCGGCUGUUGUCUCACGACGGUCUCACCCUAAAUCAAGGACAGGCUGCAGGACGUGUAAAAACCGGAAGAUCAAGUGCGACGAACAUAAGCCCUCCUGUCGGAAUUGCAUCAAGCACGCAGUUCCCUGCGACUUUCUCCAGUCGCAACGCCACUCGUCGUCGUCGUCGAUCCCGCGAUCGCCGGACAGCAUCAUCUCCUCCGGAGGCGCCGACAACGGCCACGGCUUCGGCGAUGGCCUCGGCGGGGGCGGCGCCGGCGCCGGCGGGGGCAUGAGCGACCUCUCGCUGAACUUGAUCGACCUAGAGCUCAUGCACAACUUCACGACGUUCGCCUUUAACACGCUCUCGACGGACCCUGUGGUGCGGCAGAUGUGGAAGGUGCCCGUCGUGAAGCUGGCGCUCGAGUGCGACUACGUGAUGCGCGCGCUGCUGAGCGUGUCGGCGCUGCACCUGGCGCACAACCGGCCAGAGAAGAGGGAUUUCUUCAUCAGCCGCGCGUUGACGUACCAUCAGAUGGCGAGCCGGACGGCCAUGGGGCUGAUGGGGGCGUUGGAUGGGGAGAAUUGCGAAAAGCUGUACUUGUUUUCCGUCUUGACCAUCUUUUUUGCCCUCGCAUGUCCGCGCAAAUCAUCCGACUCCCUCAUCAUGGGCGAGUCUUCCUUCCCAGACUGGAUUUUCCUGCUCCGGGGCACGCAGUCCCUUCUCAAGCUGCUCCAACCGCAAGCCUACACCGGCGCCCUGUUGCCCAUGUUCAACCACGGUCACGAGCGCUUCCUCCACUCGCGCGAAGAGUCUAGGGCCGAGUCGGAACUGCUGGUAGACCUGCAGCGGCUCGUGAACAAGACGUGUGCCGACCCGGUCCUGCUGCCGAUCUACAACCGUGCCAUCGACGAGCUGCGGCGGACACUGUCCGUGUUCCUGUGGGACGGCGGGCGGGGGAUGGACAUCACGGACGCUUUCCUGUGGAAGUACCACAUGGCGGAGGACUUCUUGCCGCUGCUCAAAGUGCCGGGGGCGACACAGGAGGCCGUCGCCAUCUUUUCGCACUUUUGUAUACUGCUCAAGAGGCUGGAGAACGAGUGGUGGUUGCAGGGGUGGGCGACGCACCUGAUCAGCCGGGCAUGGUCGCUACUGGACCAGGAUCACCGGCUUUGGAUACAAUGGCCGAUUGAAGAGUUGGGGUGGGUGCCUCCCUGA